AUGGAAGCCCCGAACAGCUCAAAUACAGAGAUUAUAGGUGAGGUGUUUGCGACCAAGUAUGCCAUCCCUCUGUGUCCGCUGGACCCACCGAUGCUGGUCGAGACCAUUGACGGCCGGGUGCUUCUGUCUGGGCCUGUCAAGGCCGCCGCGCAGCCCUUGCGCCUGGUCAUUGGGGAUCACGAGGAGGCCAUCCAGUUUUACAUUGCCUCAGGCCAGGUGCUGAGUUCGCCCAGGGUGUCCUUGCUGCCAGACUUAGCGGAGUUCAUGGACGUCUUCAGCGAGCAGGAGGCAGACCGGUUGCUGCUGCACCGGCCUUAUGACUGCCCCAUUGACUUGGUGCCGGACGCGCAGCUCCCUAAGACCGGGGAUCUGAGACUCUGUUGUGAUUAUCGUCGCUUGAAUGCGAUCAUGGUGUGCAACCGUUAUCCUCUCCCCCUGAUUCCUACAUCCCGAGUGCGCGCAACCAAAAGGUGGAUGCCCUGUCCAGAAAACCUGAUUCACGAGCCCGUGGACUUAUGGCCUUGGAUAUGGAACACGCAGCGGUACGAAGAGGGGGUGGAGCAACAGAGGGCAGAGGUAGGGCCGGCCUCCCCGUGGACCUUCAACAAUGAUCUCUUGAAGUACUGGGACAGGCUUUAUGUGCCCGCGAUUCUCUCCCAGUGCCAUGACAAUCCGGCGGCAGAACAUUUUGGCCUUUUCAAGACUUUGAACCUGGUCUCCCGUACCUUCUGGUGGCCCUCCUGCGCCACCGCCCACAUGUUUAUCCAGCACAUCUUCCGGCUGCACGGCCUACCCGAUCGGGUCGUGCCGGACCGUAGAGCACAGUUCACGGCCCAGUUCUGGAAAGGGCUGAUGGAGGCUCUGGAUGUCCACAUUUGUUUGUCCUCGGUGCACCAUCCUGAAACCGACGGGGGGAUGGAGAAGGUGAUCGGGAUCUUGGAGCAGUACCUGUGCUGCUUCGUAAAUCAGCAGCAGAACAACUGGGUGGACUACCUGGCCGUGGUGGAGUUUGCAUUUAACAACUCGCAGCACACCUCCACGCAGACGAUGCCCUUCCUGGCUAACGGCGGGUAUCACCCUUGCUUCUUUCCUCUUACCCCAGUCAACUCCCCAGUCCCUGCAGUGGUGCUGGAGUUGGCUGUGGGAGAUCGCAUGUGGCUGUCCACGCUAAGAAGUUGGGCCACCGUUACCUUUGGCUGUUCCCGGUGGAGGCCGUCAUCAACCCGGUGGCCUAUCGCCUGA